AUUUUUUAGACAAAAGAUUUACAACUUAGACAAUGAGUUAAUCAAUUACAGUGAUCAUCACAUAUGCUUAGAAAAACAAAGUUUAUAAUAUAGAAAUAGAUCCUACAACACAAGUUUAAGAGUUAAUAAAUGAAUUUUAAGAAAUGCUCCAACCAAAUGGAUAAGAGAAAAUUAUUCUAAAAUAUUAAGGAUAACAGCUUUUCCCUAAUAAGACAUUUGAUCAAUAAAAUGUUAAAAAAGGAACCUAAAUAGAAUUACUUAUUGAAACAAAAGGUGGACUCUGAUUAUCAAUUUAAAAGUGAUUAUGUUAUUGUUAAUAUAUAAUUUUGAUUAAGAAAAUGG